AAAAAAGUUGCCCUCCAUACAUUGCCCUCGACCUUGAGACCCUAGAACUUCAACACCAUCCAUACAGAAACCAACUCAUUUUCCCCCUUCUCUCUUCCUCGCACAUCUCCAUUCAAAAUGGCUGUUGAAGGAUCUUCCGCUGCGCCUACUGCGCCUGCAGAGCGUCACGCAAUCGGUAUCUCCAUUGGAAACUCCAACAGCAGCAUUGCUAUCACAGUUGACGACAAGGCUGAAGUUAUUGCCAACGAGGAUGGUGGUAUGUAUUGCCUCAAUAUGUAUACCAGCGCCUGCGAAAUAUGUGUAUCAUGUAUAGAUUUCAUGGAAACUGAUUCCCUUGCUAGAUCGUCAAAUUCCAGCAAUCUUGUCUUAUGUCGACGGCGAGGAGUAUACUGGACAGCAAGCCAAGCAGCAGCUUAUCCGCAACAGUGCCAACACAGUCGCAUAUUUCAGAGAUUUCUUGGGCCAGGAGUAAGUUUGGCCAAAUUGGUCUUCCCCUCUUCCUCAUUCGAUUUGUGUUGAGACUGAUAUCCCCUGCCAGCUUCAAGUCAAUAGACCCCACCCACUGCCACGCCUCUGCACACCCCCACGAACACGAAUCAACAAUCGCUUUCACCAUUCAAGAUAAGGAGGGGGACGAAAAAUCAACCGUCACAAUCUCGGAAAUUGCAACCCGUCAACUUCGUCGUCUGAAGCAGUCUGCUUCUGAUUACAGUGGUAAAGAGGUCAACUCAGCCGUCAUCACCGUCCCCACCAACUUUAGCGAAAAGCAAAAGGAUGCUCUAAACAAGGCUGCCGCUGCCGCCGGUAUCGAGGUUCUACAGUUCAUCAACGAGCCUAUCGCAGCCCUUUUGGCCUACGAUUCCCGUCCAGAGACCAAGGUUGGUGAUAAAAACGUGGUUGUUGUAGAUCUUGGAGGAACUCGUUCCGACGUCACUGUUAUUGCAUCAAGAGGAGGCAUGUACACUAUUUUGGCUACAGCACACGAUUAUGAGUUUGCCGGUGUACACCUCGACAAAGUCUUACAAGACCAUUUCUCCAAGGAGUUCAUCAAAUGGAACUCCAUAGACCCACGAGAGGAUGCCAGAAGUUUGGCCAAACUCAAGUUGGAAUCAGAGGCAGCCAAGAGAGCGCUGAGCAUUGGUACUAACGCCAGUUUCAGUGUGGAGAGUUUGGCUGAGGGUAUUGACUUUACAUCAACCAUCAACAGACUUCGUUAUGAGACUAUCGCAAGAAAGGUUUUCGAGGGAUUCAACCGACUGGUUGAGGGCGUUGUUAAGAAGGCUGGUCUUGAUGUUUUGGAUAUUGACGAGGUCAUCCUUUCUGGAGGUACUUCACACACCCCCAAAAUCGCCAAAAACUUCCAAGCCAUUUUCCCGGAAAGCACAACCGUGCUCGCACCUUCAACCACACCUACUGCUAUCAACCCAUCAGAGCUUUCAGCUAGAGGAGCAGCAUUACAGGCUUCAUUAAUUCAAGAAUACGAGUCCGAGGAUAUUGAGCAAUCAACUCACCCUGCUGUCACCACCGUUAAGCAUCUUUCCAACGCUAUCGGUGUUCUAUCCAUCAGUGGCGAUGAGACCAAGGGAGUUUUCAACCCCGUGCUUUCCGCGGAAACUGCCGUACCAGCACGACGAACUGUUCACGUGGCUGUUCCUAAAGAGGGCGGUGAUGUUCUGAUCAAGAUUGUUGAAGGAGGAAGCCAUAUCAAGGUCACCAAGGUCGAGCCAAAGCAGAAUGGUAAGAAGAGCGAUGAUGAGGAUGACAGCAGUGACGAGGAAGAUAGCGACGAGGAGCCCGAGGAACAGAGAGAAAAGGUCUGGAAGAUCGGAAACGUUCUUGCCGAGGCUGCGGUUAAGGACACCAAGAAGGGAGGAAAGGUUGAGGUGAUGAUUAACGUUGCCGCUGAUUUGAGCGUGACCAUUACUGCCAGAGAGGUUGGUGCCAAAGGUGGUGUUAGAGGUAAUCUUAGCGCGCCUUGAUGAUCCUUUCGCGGACAAGUCAAAUGUGUCUUAACGAUUUCCUUAAAAAAAGUUCGAUUGGUUAGACGGUCACGAUUUUUCUCUUUGCUGAUUGGAAGCGCUCUGUGUUAGAUAUCUCCAAACAGGAGACGGGGGGUUCUAUAGAAUGCAGGAUUCUUGCAUGACACAUAGGAUGGACGUAGAAGUCGAAUAAAGAAAAGAAAUACAGACAUUUAAAUCUUAG